GUUUUGCAAGUUAGCUAGCGAGAGCUGACUACUGAGUAUGGCGGAGUCACAGAAACCGUCGUCGUUUAACGAAUCUGGCAUAUACUUCUUCAAUGACGAUUCAAACGCUGUUUUCCUGGACCCCGUUCGCGUUCUUAACCGUUCCUAUAACAGAUUCAAUGUCUCUCCUUCCACCUACUAUCCUCGUUUCUUCGAAUCUCCGCGUAACGAACCUCUCUCCACCACCGUAACUACCUCGGAACAACAACCAAAACGGAAACGGAAACGGAACAAGAAGAAGGAACCUCCACCGUUGAAUGCCAGAGAACAAAUCGCCAAUCGUCGUCACCAGGAAGCAAGGCCUUUGUUGUUGAAGGCACAUGAGAGUUUGCUACAAUGUACCGAAAUGUUGGAUGUAUUGAGAACCUUGAGAAAUGAUUCUUGUGGCUGCUCAAAGAGGGAGCAUGAGAGUGUCCAACACUCUUUCAUUGACCUUGCUCGGGAAGUGCUGCACUUGGAGGUGACACUGAAUAUGCCUCUCCAUGAGCCUCAACAGCAGCUAAUUGAGAUUAAUGAUGACUUCGCAAAUGUGCAAUGCUGUGAGCAGAGGGUGCUUCCUGCAUUCAAUAAUUUGGUCACUAAUGACACCGAGGAUGAUGUUGUAGCUGAAAUUUUGAACAAUCAGUAUAUAGUGCCUCGACAGAGUUGUUUUUACAUGUCUGAUCUGGGACAGAUUCGCAAUCUAAUUCCUGCUAAUGCUGACUCUGGUUUCAACCUUAUAGUAGUAGAUCCACCAUGGGAAAAUGCUAGUGCCUCCCAGAAAUCAAGGUACCCAACCCUGCCCAACAGAUACUUUUUAUCCGUUCCUAUUAAGCAACUUACUCACACUGAUGGUGCACUUGUAGCCUUAUGGGUGACCAACAGAGAGAAGCUUCGCAGUUUUGCAGAGAAUGAGCUUUUUCCUGCAUGGGGAGUUGGCUAUGCUGCUACUUUUUAUUGGCUAAAGGUGAAAGCAAAUGGAUCCUUGAUUGGUGAUAUUGAUCUCUUCCAUCAUAGGCCAUAUGAAUGCCUUAUUCUGGGAUAUAUCGCUGGGAAGGUGAACAAUUCUUCUAAGCAUUCAAAAUUUAAACCUGUGAAGGAUCAUCAUGUGAUUAUGACCAUUCCCGGUGAUUACUCAAGAAAGCCCCCAAUUGCAGAUUUGUUAUUGGAUUACGUUCCUGGGCUCCGACCUCCUCGAUGCAUAGAACUGUUUGCUAGGGAACUGACAGCUGGUUGGGUUUCUUGGGGGAACGAACCCCUUCACUUCCAAGAUUCUAGAUAUUUUGUCAAAAGAUAGACAGAUAAUAGAUACUAUCUUUGCAGUAAGGUGCUAACCAAGCGACCACAGGUUUAAUUUUUUCUUCUCUCCUCGUGGGGUGGUAUAAGGUUAUGCGGUAGGCCGGAGUUUUGUGCAUUAUGGUGUUCAAUAGAUAGAUGAUUAUUGUACAAGUGAAAUAUGAUCAAAUUUUUGUUCAUGCCUGAAUUUGUAUCGUCUAUUUCUGGUACUGCUUUUUUGCUGCAUGUUAUGUUGACUGAAUAUUAUUUAGGGUUUCAACUUAUCCGAUUAGAGGAAUUAUGAC